UCUUCACAUUGACUCAAACACAGCAUCAUUCAAUGGGCAAAUUUCAGAAGUUUGUCUGCAAGUCAUCACUGUGAUACUAAGGGAGGCCCAAGUGCAUUUUAUCUUAUCUACCGGACCACAUUGCCCUUCCAUAAGAUCAUCUAAACAGGAAAAAGCAAAUUGGUCAGACUCUGGAGGCACAAAGGGAGGCAUUUCUUCGGAGGCCAAUGAAUCCUUUGUUGGAGGACAAUAUAAAAAUAGUUCACGCAGAAAUCUUCACCCAUCUCAGAGUCUCAUCACUUCCCAAUUAAGUUUUCAUUCCACUUCUGAGACGCCCUUAUACAUCCUUGAAUAUUUUUUAAAAAUUGUCAUUGCGGAGAGUACAUUAAACGAUACCAUCCUGGAGCAGCAGCUGGGUGCUACUCUGUUGAGGCCUGUAGUGCUAGAGCAGCAGGCAUCCCUGCUUCUUGAAGAAGGGACCUGCUUGCCGCUGCUGCCUGCCACCUCGUUGCCCGCCGCCCCAAACCCAGUGGACACCCCUAAGCCUGUAACGCGUGAGGCCUCAACCGGGGGUUGUGGGCGGGGAGUGGCGCGAGCUGGCGGAAGAGAGGGAGCCCCCUCCGACGACCCAGCCUGUCGAGCGGGCGGCGAACGUGCCUCUCCUGGAGCUGGAAGGCAACCAUCGCCAUGGCGACUUGAGGCGAGGCUAUAAAGCGGCUCCAGGGACUGGCCGCCGCCGGAGUCGCCGUCGGGGCCCGGCCAUGCUGAAGCCACGGGACCUGGGUCCGGGGGCGGCCACGCGGACCUUCCUGGAGGCGAUGCGGGCGGGCCGGCUGCACCUGGGCCGCUUCGUGCUGGACGCCCUGGACGGGAGCAUCGUGGACUGCCGGGCGGAGCGGGGCCGCACGCCGCUCAUGUUCGCCGUGGCGCUGCAGGACCCGGCGUGGCGCUUGGCCUUCGCGCGGCUGCUGCUGGAGCGCGGCGCCGCCGUCAACCUGCGCGACGACGCCGGGCGCAGCGCCCUCAGCCUGGCCUGCGAGCGCGGCCACCUGGACGCCACCCAGCUGCUGGUCCAGUACGGCGCCGACCCGGACGCGGUGGACGCGCGCGGCUGGAGCCCGCUCAUGUACGCCGCCUCGGCCGGCCGCACGGCCGUGGUCGAGUGGCUCCUGCGCGCCUUCCGCCGCCUCGGGCAGCUGUGCCUGGAGCGCGCAGACCGCGCCGGCCGCACCGCCCUGCAGCUGGCCGCUGCCGGCGGGCACGGGCAGUGCGUUCGGGCGCUGCGAGCCGCCGGCGCCCUCGUCCUCACCCUGCCCGAGCCGCCGACCCUCAGCGCCGCCAACGCCGCCGCUCCCUCGGCCCACGUGGCGGGCGGCCGGCGGCGCUCGGAGGAGGAGGCGACGCCCUGGCGGCUGCCCCGCGACUCGGCGCCCGGCAAGCCGGCCUCGGAAGCGGCGCAAGGGGGCCCGUCUCUCAGAGGCCGCCCGCUGGUCCGCAGGGCCACGGCGCCCGACUGCCAGAGCCUCCUGGGCUGCUAG